AUGUUGGCUGCCACGGUAACAACGGCACUGAUCUAUUUCGUGGUUCAAAGCACUGAAAGUGUGGAAUUCGGUGCUAGAUGCUGGGAUGAGCAAGAGGCCGAAGCUGGAGGGAACAUCACCUGCAUGGCCUCACAGCCGUUCCUGAUAUUCGGCCAUGGCAAAUCCAUUCAUCGGAUGGGCCUGGAUGGCAGGAAUCACAGAAGGCUUGUGGCAGGUGUGGGAGGCUCCAUCCUGCUCGACUUUCAUUUCAAAGAAGAGAGAAUUUACUGGGCCGACAAACGCACGGGGGUCAUCUACAAAGCAUCUGUGAAAGGAGCACACAGACAGAAACUUUAUUCUUUUGACAAACACAUCUCAGGCCUGGCAGUGGACUGGAUUUGGAACAGUGUCUAUUGGACAAGCAGAGAGAAGGGAGAAAUAAAAAGAAUUGAUAUAGAUGGGGAAAACGAGAGGACCAUCUUAAGACACUUAAACCAGCCAAGCUCGAUAAACAUUGACCCGUCAAACAGGCUUUUGUUUUGGCUGUCUGGUGGAAUGAUUUCAAGCAUCCAACGUUCUAAUGUCGCUGGGGGGAAGAAAAUCACAAUAAUCAAGAUAGAAGAGCAACUCCAAGCGCUGUCGAUUGACCGGGAAGAAAAAAGGCUGUUCUGGGCUCAGUUUGGUCUGCAAGGAGAAAGCUCCAUCUCCUCCUGCGAUUACAACGGAAAUGUCCUACACAUCAUGGGUCAGCCUCUACGAUCUCAAUCACUUGGCAUCUCAGUUUUCCGGGAGCACCUCUACUACACCGAUGCCGUGUCUCGGGCCAUAAAACAAGUGAACAAGUACACUGGUGGGGCGCCGGUAGAAGUAAAUAUGAAGCAAAUGGCAAGGCCUCCCGUUGACAUCAAAGUAGUGCAUCCUCUUAACCAGCCAAUGGCCGAAUACCUGUCGCCGUUUCCAGGCUGCGAUGAACAGAGUGGGAACUGUGUUAAUGUGUGCUCCAGUCUAGCGGAACAAGGGGUUUGCCAAUGCAGGGAGGGCUUUGCUCUUAGUAAGCACGGCACCCACUGUCAAGAUGUGAAUGAAUGUGCCCAUUGGAACCACGGCUGCUCUCUGGGUUGUGAAAACAUCCCAGGCUCCUAUUUCUGCACCUGCCCCAAAGGAUACGCCCUUUUACCAGACAGGAAGACAUGCACAGAAAUCAUACCAUGUGAUGACAACAUGACAAAAUGUGGCCAUGGAUGCCUGGCAACGGAAAAUGGUGCCGUCUGCGUUUGCCCUGAGGGAACAAUUCUACAGGAGGAUGGACAAGCGUGCACUGGGUGCUCAGCGGCAGACAGAGGAGGCUGCAGUCAGGUCUGCACCCCCACCGCCCCGGGGGGGUGGACGUGUGGCUGUCUGCCUGGCUACCAGCUCCACCAAGAUGGCAAACGCUGCAUUGCAACCGGACCUCCGCCCUAUCUGCUGGUUGCAAACCUGGUAGACGUGAGACGAAUCAACCCCGACGGCACAGAAGAUCAAACCCUGGUGAAGGAGCCUCGAGGAACCAUCCUAGCUUUGGAUUACGACCCUGUCCAGAAUUAUGUGUACUUUGCUAGUGGGAGCCAAAAGACCAUUGAGCGGGUCGACUUAAACGGGGGGUCAAGAGAUGUUCUCAUCUCCAGCGGAUUGGUUUCUCCAGAGGGACUGACCAUCGACUGGGUCCACCGCAGAAUGUACUGGACAGACAAAAGCAAGUCGACCGUUGACUGCAGCUCUCUGUCUGGACUGCACAGAAAAACUGUUGUGAGAGAAGGACUGGAUAAACCAAGAGGAAUUGCCGUUCAUCCUUUGGCAAAGAAGGUGUUCUGGACUGACGUAGGGGUGCGGCCUGCGGUGGAGUGCGCCUCUCUGGAGGGGGGGGAUCGGGCCGUCGUCGCGGGCUCCAGCCUGGUGUCCCCCACCGGCCUCACCAUCGAUUUCACCGAGGAUCGACUCUUCUGGUGCGACCAGACCAGAGGGCGGGUGGAAACCGCUGCCUUGGACGGGUCAGAUCGACGGAUCCUGUUAGAGAACCAAGUAGGUCGUCCUUUUGACCUGGCCGUGUUUGAGGACAGGCUCUGGAUCACAGACUGGGAGCACCAGCAGCUGAGGAGCGUACACAAGCGCACUGGGAAGAGACUCCAGUGGAUCCACGGCCGCGUGGUCCAGCCGGGGUCAGUGGUGGUGGUGCACCCACUCGCCAAACCAGGGGCGAACUUUUGCCUUCACCGGAACGGAGGCUGUGCUCAGGUGUGUGAAAGCAAAGUGGGAUUGGCCCAGUGCUCCUGUCUGCCCCGCUACAGCCUGUCCACGGACGGGAAAAGCUGCUCGUCCGCCCACGGUUCAGAUGUCACAACAGACUCUGGAGGAACCCAAGCUCCUCAUUUUACAUUUAUCAAUGAGACCACAACACUGACAACGCACGGGUUUAGAGCUGAUAAGGAGAGGGAAGAUUUCCACUCAGAUGGAAGUGAUGAGCCAGUUCUCUACACGGAUAAGAUGAUUUCAGACCAGAAUGAGUGCUACUCACUUCGAUGUGAUGUAAAUGCACAGUGUGUGCUGGAUGCUGGCAGCCAUGUUUGUUUAUGUCUGGAGGGAUACGCAGGAAAUGGGCAGACGUGUGACGAUAUUGAUGAGUGUAGACUGGGAAGUCACAACUGUGAUAAACAUGCAGAAUGCCAGAACACUGCAGGGAAGUUUCUCUGCAAGUGUCAGGCUGGAUACCAUGGCAACGGGCAGAAAUGUCAAGAGCUGGAGACCAAAUCACCGUGGGUGACUCCGAGAAGCCCCGUGGACGUCACCACCCGCCAUCACAACAGCAACUCCAUAGAAAAGUGUCCCUCCAGCCACGAGGCCUACUGUUUGUACCAGGGGGUGUGCCUCUACUUUCCUGAGAUGGAGUCCUACGCCUGCAAGUAA